AGAACAGAGGCCAGUAUUUAGUCACUGCAUGAAAGCUGCACACACACACACACGCACGCACACACACACACUUGUCUGCGCAAGUCUUCUCUAACUUGUGGACUAUAGGAAGAUAUUUUUCUGUUUCCUUUGGAUCCGGGGACCAAGAUUUGACUUUUUUUUUUCUUGCAGAAACCGUGCGUCGUGACCACAGGAUACUUUUACGCACAGUUAUUUAACUCUCACACGGACAAUGCCUCGAUCUUUCUUGGUCAAACAGUACUUCGCGAAACAAAAGCCGAACUACAGUGAACUGGAAUGUCAGAAUGACAUGUCACUGGAGAGGUAUUCUCUGGCUGAGCUCUCAUCAGGGGUCAACACCUCUACUGCCACCUGCUUCACAACAGGUCUGGUGUGGAACCUGAGCGUCCUGCCCACCCUCUACCUGCCCACCUCCCAAACGGAGCCCUGCGUGGCCCCGGGCCCCCUGGACCUCAGCUCCCCCUCCAGCCUCAGCAGCAGCGCCAGCAGCUGCGGAGAGGAGGACGAGGGACGCACGUCGGACCCCCCCAGCCCCGAACCCGUACACACGUACGGCCCUCGUCAGCGGAUGAAAUGCACCGGCGUCAUGCCUCACAUCAGUCCCCCCGAGGAGGAGGAGGAGGAGGAAGAGGAGGAGAGGGAGGCCCCCGUCACAGCGGCCCGGCCAGCCUUCCUCUGCAAACACUGCCCCAAAGAGUACACCAGCCUCGGGGCCCUGAAGAUGCACAUCCGCUCACACACCCUGCCCUGCGUGUGCACCACGUGCGGGAAGGCUUUCUCCAGGCCGUGGCUGCUGCGCGGCCACAUCCGCACACACACAGGUGAGCGGCCGUUCUCCUGCCCCCACUGCAACAGGGCCUUUGCCGACCGCUCAAACCUGCGAGCUCAUCUGCAGACCCACGCCGAGGUGAAGAAGUACCAGUGUGGCGUCUGCUCUCGCACCUUCAGUCGCAUGUCGCUGCUGCAGAAACACAGCUCCUCCGGGUGCUGCUCCUCCGCAGUGUGAAACCCAGCAGAGCGAGAGAGAGAGAGGGAAAGAGAAAGAGAGAGCGAGAGAGAGAGAGAGACAUAGGGUACCCUGGUCAGAGCUCAGGGAGGAGCUAGUGGCCGCCGAGAGUGGGGCGACCCAAGCCCAGCUGGCCUGUUGACGACUUGUUGGGCCGCUAAGAGCAUGACGUGGCCUUCUUUAAGAGCGCCGGAGGGACUGGAGCCACAUUAUGGAUCUGACUUUACCAGGCGUUUAGCUUUUCUGCUCUGUUAAAAAAAAAAAAAAACAUCCACGGAGCUCUUUUUUUUUUUUUCCUUCUCCCCAAUCUAUUGGUCUUGAGGCCAGACCAAUUCUGAACUGAGUAAUGCCAAGACUCUCUUGAUAUCUGCACCCUUUGUUGCCAUUGUGCCCAUUGCAAAGACCAAAUAUGUAGAGACCUCAUUGGGGUACGAGGUGCUCUUUCCUGUCUCCGUCCCGGUUCCGGCCAGCUCAAGAUCAUAGACUAGACACAGCUGCUGAGAGGUAGGGGUGCGUGGGUGGAAUAAAUCUCUCAGCGUGCCUCAAAACACACACACACGCACACACACACACACAAAACACACAAAAGCAAAUGCACACACAGCUGUCCCUGGUACUGUGGUGUAGAUAGACGAGGUGCUAACAGGUGCUACAGCCAUGACCUUGCUGGCUGAUAGCAGGUGACUUCCACUGCCCUUGGUUUGCUUGAGGAACAAAAGAGGAUGCGUGUCAUCGCGAAAGAAUGGCAGUUAGUCUUUAUUCCCCAGUGAGGUUCAUUUUAAGCCUCUAUUUUGUCUACAUCCACGCCAUGUCUUUAAUCUGAUGAUUGUCAGAGAUAGGAAAAGCCAUGCUGUCUGUUAUUUUCCACUUUGCAGCACUGUGCAUCGUGGGUUUUAACGCAAGCCAUGCACUCGAAGUUACCACAGUGUUAAUAAUACCAGCCAAAGCCAUAUUUUGUGACCAUAAUGAAUUUGUGCCUUGAAUUUUAUUACUUUUGAAACCAAAAAUGUGCCUUUUUUACCUCAGUAUUUGUGGGUUUGAAAUAAACGUUGAAUGCAGUAUUAGUAGAAAAUAGCGCCAAACAAUUUGAAUUGCAAGAAGGCUGGGACCAAAGAUUUGUAAGGUUUACACCAUGGAGACAUGGUCGACUAAUAUGAGAUCAGAAACCUGUCAAUGGACAGCACAAAGAUGCAUUUUUAACUUAACCUAAGCAUUUUAUGGCAGUGUUUAUAGUGCAAUGUGCAGAUAAUGUGUUAUUUUGUACUAUGCUUGUUUCUUCACUCCUAUUUCUUAUGUUGUAACUGAUACAUUUUCAUUCAAUAAAGUAAUUUAUGUUUAUUAAAA